AUGCAGCUGCACUGGAGCGGCCACCUGGUGCGCAUGGACGACGAGCGACUACCCAAACGACUCUUCUACGGAGACGUCGCGACGGGUUCUCGUUGUCAAGGGGGCCAAAUUUGUCGCAACAAGGAUACUUUGAAGUCCUCCCUGAAGCGCCUGCAAAUCAACCCGACCAACUGGGAAGAUCUCGCGCGCGAUCGUCCGACAUGGAGGAGAACAGUGAAGACGGGCGCUGCUAUCUAUGAAGCCAACCGAAUCGCCGCCGCCAAAGCGAAACGCGAAGCCCGCAAAUCACAACUUCGCCCAGUCCGCAACGCCGCCGCACAACCUCUCCCUACGUGUCCUCGAUGUCAACGGACAUUCCGGGCACGAAUCGGACUUGUUGGAAAUCUUCGAAUCAACUGCACCUCUUGAACUGCUCCAGCCAUCGUCCCCCCGCCCGCCUCUUCCUCGUCCUCUCUGCCGCCAACUAACUCUGAUAACUCUUCUGUGCCACCACUUCCAUCCUCCUCCUCCUCCUCCUCCUCCUCCUCCUCCUCCUCCUCCUCCUUCUCCUCCUCGUCUACUGCAUUAUCGACAACCGCUCAGGCGACUGUUGCGCAAGACAUAACCGCACGCAUCCCUGACACAACACCAGGCAUUAUCUCUUCAGCAUCCGGCUCCAGGCGUGAGGAGCAGGAAUACACCUGCCCUCACUGCGGCCGCACCUUCACCUCACGCGUCGGCCUGGUCGGUCACUUGCGAAUCCAUCGCACAGAGACCGGUGAAUCAGUGCCUGGAGCACCAACCGCACUCGCCUCCACUGCCCACACUGCCCUCGCACUUUCACUCAUCGCAUGGGUCUAUUCGGCUACAUGCGCAUCCAUGAGAGCGGCACUGACCGCAGCCUUGACACAGCCACAACGCUAGACCCCACUCCCAGUUCAUCACCUCGUGCACCCACCAGCCUCUUCGCAACCGCCGUUGAUGCCACCGACUUUUCCACCCUUCACUCCUCCCCUUCCUACUCCUCUUCCUCCUUCACUGCCACAACGACAGCCGCCUCGGCGUCUGUCGUUCACGACUUCACCACAGCCGAACCUGACACAACAACAGGCACAACCCCUGCAACCUCCAUCAUCAGACGUGAGGGCCAGGACUACAUCUGCCCUCACUGCGAUCGCACCUUCACCUCACGCAUCGGCCUGGUCGGUCACUUGCGAAUCCAUCGCACAGAGACUGGAGAACCAGUACCUGCAGCACCAACCUACAUCCACCAAGCUCGACUCAACUGCCCACACUGUCCUCGCACUUUCAGGCGUCGUGUGGUCCUAUUUGGCCACAUGCGCAUCCACGACGACCUGCGGUAG